CGCAAUUCUCAGCAAAUAGGCAAUCGAUUUCGCAAGAGACUUUAUGCUUUCAUUUUUUUACAUAAAAGAAAAAUUUGUGAAUUAAAGCAUUGAGAGGUUUAUAAAUUAUAUUUUUAAUUUAUAUCAGUUUUGCGCUUCAACGCCAAUGAUUAUCUACGGAGGUGUUAUAAUAAUGUUGAUGAGAUAAUCUUGGUCUUAAUAAUUUGAACUCAUUAGCUCAGGCAGCAAACAGAAUAGCUGUUCUCAUUAAAAAUCAAAAAUCAUGUAAUUACACUAAUUUGGUCUUAAAGGAAUUAAAGAUAUCAAUCUUUAAAGGCAGAACUGUUAUGAGCAACAUCAAUAGCCACAAAGUGCUGCUUAUUGGAGCUUAUACAGAAGCGUGGUAACCUUUCGAAUCAUAUUUCAAGAUGACAUUUUACUACUAAUUGUAUUGUGCUACAGUUUCUAUACAUAUUGUGUGUAUGUAAAGUGCUUUUUAACACGUCCAUUGUGCCUCUCUUUCUCAGUCUAGCUUAGAAGCUCACAAUGUUUCAUUGAAUCAGCUUUUAUUUAUGAAAAUAAUGCUCGACAAUGAGCAUAAACAAUUGAGCUUUGUGUCAGCAAAACUAGUAGUGACCAAAAAAGUGCAAAUUAAGACAUUAAGAAAGAUUUACAAAAAAAAAAACAUAAGGUGUUUAAUCAAGGCAUUCAUUUAACGUCCAUCAGACAAUAGGAUACGUCAGUUGUACAAAUAAAGUCAAUAAAAUAUCAUCGAUAUGGGUGCAAAAGUGAUUGAAUAUGUCGAGGCAUCGCAAAUUUAUGCCACAAACUACAUCAGAAAUUCAAAGGCGAUUGCCGUGCUGUGGGCAAUAUUCACAAUAUGUUAUUCAAUUAUAGUUAUUGUCAGUUUUGUCACACCCGACUGGAUUGGAGAUUUAGAGUCUGAGACUGGAGGCAGAAUAGGCCUUUGGAAAAUCUGUGAGAGAAAUGAGAUGAGUGAUGUGUGUUUAGGGAAAUUAGAAGAAAUAUUGGAGAUGCCAUCUAUGUCAUUUCAAAUUGCAACAAUAUUUGCAGGAAUAGCAGUAUUAACAUCAUUAUUAACAAUAUUAUGCUUAGUUCUUAUGAUAUUUCUUAAGUCAACAACAGUAUUUCAUCUGUGCGGAUGGAUGCAAAUUUUAUCAGCAAUCUCAAUGAUCGUGGCCUGCGUCAGUUUUCCAUUUGGAUGGAACUCGGAUGAGUUUAGAAAGAUUUGCAGUCCUGAAGCAAACCGUUUUGAAGUGGGAUUAUGUAGCAUCAGAUGGGCUUAUGCACUAGCAAUUAUAGCCUGCAUUGAUGGAUGUAUACUUGCGACACUAGCUUUUAUAUUAGCAACGAGACACAUUAGAUUACAACCUGACCCAACCUAUUCAAGAAAUAUUGGAACUGUGAAUAAUGCAUAUAUAACGGAUGUACACUCGAUUGCUGGUUCACGCAAAUCUUUAAAUUUAAAACCCGUUUUGCUCGUAACACCGCCACAUUUACAGACAGCUGAUGAUUCCAUUUCACAAUUUUCAAGUAGAAAUGGGACUAAUCAUCGGUUCCAUAAUCCAAUGCAUCAUCAUCAUCACCAUCAUCAACAAUUUCAACUGUAGUUCAUUAAUUUCAAUUUUUGUAAAUAACUUUUUGAUUCAUCAUUAUUCAGCUAGACUGUUAAAUCAUUUGCAAUAAUUAUGUCAAUAUGCUAUAAAGUUCAAGACAAAUCUGAGUUCUUUAUGGACGACUAUUAAAGUGAAAGUUUUCAGAUAUCCAAUAUUUUACAAUGUAGCACUAAAAGUAUUAGCAACUUUAUACUGCAAAGGAUGUGAGAAUCUAGGCUAGCGCCAGACUUCCUCAAUCUAGUGCCUCUAAUGUACAUAACCGUCUCAUGCACAAAACAUUUACAUACUUUAAAAUCCCCAAAAAAAAAAUCUUACAUACUCAUUUGUGAUUAAAUCAUUGAUCCUAUCUGUAUUAUGGAAUGUUAAGCAUAAAAAUCAUAAUAAAUAAAGCAACAUAUUUUCAA